GAACAGCUGAUCUCGGUUUCGGGCUCCACCUAAUGGAAAGUAGGUUGUAUUGCUAAUUCUCAAAAGGCACUCCUAAGGAGACAAGCUGGAAUCUCCUCCAGAGCUCUCCCUCAAGACGAGAGUUCAGAGCAGUACUCUUCUGCCCCAGGGAUGUUUGCAGUCCUGAGCAGUGCCACAUGGACCAGGUCAUUGGUCCCGUCCAGGACUGUCCUGCUCCAGCAGAGACCACAUAUCUACAGCGGACCACCCAAGCAGAAGAUUGGACCGGGGCAAAGCUUCUUCAUCAUGUCAGUUUUUGCCAUCACGGUGCUGGCCCCAGCUGGGUGGAUAAUGCAUCACAUCCCAGAAUAUCGUCAGAGGCCAAACCCCCCACCCAAAUAAAGAGCUGCCACUUUCUGGUGGCCCUGUCUACCAUCACUAAGUAGCUGAUUCAAAGGCAUUACCCACCAGGCCAUAAUGUACUUUAAAUAGAAAGAAUAAUUAAAAGACCUCUUAAAAGUUGAUUGUAAUUGUUGUAAUUCUCAGUGAAAUUAGUUCAAACUAGAGAGAUGAUAACAAACAAAAAAGUAUAUUUAAGCACUUUCUUGAUUAACUUUGAAAGUUAGCUUGAAAAUAAUUAUGUAUGUUAAUUCUUGCUGUUUAACUUGCUAUAGAAUCCUAAUUGUCCUAUGUGCAGCAACAUCUCUGUAGUAAUUCCAGCACCUGUUUCAAUAAAUGCAUGUCGUAA